AUGGCGAUGAUAGCCAAAACUUUGGCCUACGACGAGGGGACAGUGGGGACCUAUGGUGUAAGAGAUGGUUUAAAGUUGACAAAUAUCACCGGUUUGGAAAGAUUACAAGUUGACACUAAAUUAAACGUUGUUAACGCAGUUGACGGGAUAAAGAAGAUCUUGCGGAAUGUUGUGAAAGCAGUUGAUUUCAGAUCUGAUCAAGAGGUAGAAGGCACUUCGGCAGUUUUAAGUUCAGUUGAGUCGGGACUAGGUCUUUUAUUUGGUGUAGAUACUGCACAAGCUUCCGACGUAAGCGACGCCAGUGCAGCUAGUUUAUCCAAUGAAGUAGCUGUAGAUUUUGUUACCAUACUGACAACAGCCACACCUUUCCUUACAACAGAUGCAGUUUCCUAUUAUCGAGAGAUUCCUUCGCAUAUUGUAACUGUUCCUGUAGUCACCAUUACAGCCAAACCUGAUGUCCACACUAUUCGAUUGACUGAAACAGUCACACAAGUCGUCACACAUGCCCCUUCAACUACUCCUGUGGCUGUUGAAAUUCCCAUGACGAUAAAUUCCGAGAUCCAGAACGUGGAUAAUCUGAACCAGUUAAGGCACCAAAGUGAAAUGAGACAAAGAAUCGAGUAUCUUGAAUCCAAGAUAAACAAUAUGAUGAAGCAUGACAUGGACACAACCUCAACGAAAGUCGUUUAUGUCACUGUAGACUUGAAAACAUCCAAUAUUCCCCGUGAUUCCACCAAAGUAUUCCCCGAGGUAUCCAAGCCAUCAACAACACUGACUGACAUUCCUACUAUGACUACUGUGACUCCCACCUUAGAACCAAUUGCCAAAAUCCAAGAAUUUUCACCAGAACCAGCUGGCACUGCUUCCCAAUCUAAACUAGCACAGAAAAAAGAACAUGGUGGACUGAAAGAAAUAUUAGAUAUGAAACUCCCAUACAAACUAUCAGUAUCUCCACAAUUCCAAAACCAUCAACAUUCAAAUGCUGCUUCUUCUUUGCGGUACGGUAAACCUAAGAUUCAUUAUCAAGACCAACCAAAACCUUCCCCGGUCGAAAGCUCCAACGACGAUAACUUCACUCUUCAAUUUCUUGAUGGUUUCUUGAAUAGAAAGCCAGAAGAAGGUACCGUGGAAUAUUUGAAGAGAAUAUCUCCCCAAGUUAUGCAAUGGAAUGGAGACGACAAACUUGCAGGUAAAGGACAGAGCAUUUCAAAUGAACGUGGAAUUUCUUCACUUGUAUCUACAAAUCCUACAUUACCAACAACUAUGAGCACCGCUACCCAGCAGAAAGUUGUUUACAAGUACGUCUAUGACGAUGGUGAACCUGCGGAGAAGACACCCCAGUCCCAACCAUCAGAGACCUCAAAGGACCUAAAUGAGAUCACUGGUAGUCCCUUCAAGACAUUCAAAUCCAAGCUAGAAGUUGAGGAAUCCUACCGAAAGCAGCAAUUCAAAGAUAAAGAUCUGUCUAGAGGUAAAGAGCUAUUGGAUAAAGAACUAAAUAAAGAUAAAGAGAAUAUUCUUCAACCUUCCAACACUGUUUCCGCUUCAAGCAUAUCCGCCUCCCCCGCCAUUCUCCCCAAACCGCCACUUAAACAUCGAAGGAAACACAAAAAGCCCAGUUUCAAUUUUGAUUUCUUCGGCUUAACAUCCUCCAGUUCCCACCUCCCUAUUCCUAGGAUUCAACCCUUAAUAUUACUCCUAAUAUAA